GUACACUGUGCAGGACACUCCUCAGUAAUGACUUCCUCUCCAGCCAAAGCAAAUUUUGAAGAAACUAGUCAAAAAAUGCUGUUAUUUUGACACGUCGUUUUGUUGUAUAAAAAAAAAAAAAAAAAGCACUUUGCUGUUCAUUUGAAGCAUUGUUGCGGAAUGUAACCAUGGGCACAGCACAGGGUGUAGUGAGGGCGAUGCUAAGGGUUAGCUGAAGCCUUUUAUUUUCAUUUGCUUGUUCUCGGUGUGGGGGUUUACACUGUUACUGUAGACAGUCGAGCAGCUGUAUCUAAUCGCUUUCCGUGAUGGAAGAAGUCGAUAGGAUUUUAAUUCACUCUCUUAGACAAGCUGGAACAGACAUUGAUGAGGAUGUGCAGAGUGUGAAGCAGUUCACUAGUGAGCUAAUCGUGGAAGCGGUGGUGAGAUGUUUGCGUGUGAUUGACCCUGCACUGGGUAAUGGCCUGUCUCAUUCACUACCACCUGGCAUGUCUGCCCGCUUCAGACUGGGUAUGAGCCUGGCACAGGCCUGUCAGGAUGUGGGCUUUAAAGGAGAGAUUGGCUACCAGACAUUUCUCUACAGUAAUGAACCAGAGAUCCGCUCGCUGUUCAUAUUUCUGGUUGAGAAGCUGCCCAGAGAGAGUGCAGAGGCCUCGGACCAGCCUGCAGGUAAGUCUGCAAUGCUGCAGAAAGCAAUUGCAGCUCAAAUUAAAGCUCAGUUGUCAGUGCCUUGGCUUCCUCCGUCCUGUAGACUCCCCCUUCACCGUAAAACACAGAGUUCCGGCUCAUCUCACAGUUUCCAUGCCCAGCCUCUAAGCCUCCCAUACUCUGUCAAGGUCUCUUCCAGGAAACAGCCAAAAGAGGUGCAAGAGUACUGGAGGAGUUAUUUGCUGCCUGUGACCGCCCAGCCUUCCAAGCAUGCCUCAGUGCCAGCGUCCCUGCUAGAGAACCACAUCUCUGAACUUAGUGCCGCGCAGGAAUGGGAGAGUGAAUGGAACAGCCAAGGCCUCCUGUCAAGACUUACACCUGAGGAGUACCGUUUGAGAAAAAAGGCUCGAUUGCAGAAGCGGAUCGAGGAGCAGCUGAGAGCAGCGGCUCAGCCACGACCCAACACUCAUGCAGCCGGACGCUCGACCUCUGACCUUGCUGACCUGCUGCAGUCAUUUGGUGGUGCUUCCACUGGGGGAGAUGUGCUGACUAAAGGCACGCGCUUUACCCAUACAGAGAAAUUCACCUUUACACAGGAACCAGAGAAAGCAGCCCAGCAGAUGGCAGCAGCAGCAUGUGCACUUCCCAGCUCUCACCAAUCAGAAGAGGACUUAAAGGCUCAGCAGGAAGCUGAACAUUCUGCUCUACAGCAACAGUUGCAGCAACUGUCAGUUCAAAUGGAAGAAGUGGGUGGAGACAUCAAACAGCUCACUGUGUCCAUCCAGCAGGUGUCAGAUGAGCUACAACAAAAAGAGAUGAGUAAUUUAGAGGAUGAGACCUCCAUCAAAAUGAAGAGACAGACGAUUGACCUUUUACCUGAUGCUGAAAACAACCUGCUCAAGUUACAGAGUCUGGUAGAGGCCAGCUCUAAGCGAGUGGUUCAUUUGGCCUCUCAGUGGGAGAAACACAGAGUUCCAUUGAUUGAUGAGCACCGCAGACUGAAAGAAUUGUGCAGCAACCGAGAGUUUGAGUCCUCCAAGAAGCUGUCAGAGAUCAAAGACCUGCAUUACAAAAUCAAACAGUCUGCUGAGGAGGCCAAAAAGAAGGAAAGUCUCUACAAGCAGCUGCUAACAGAGUAUGAUACACUGUCUAAAGAUGUGUCUCGAUCAGCCUACACCAUGAGGAUCUUGGAGAUCGUAGGCAACAUAAAGAAACAGAAAGAGGAAAUCACUAAGAUUUUGUCUGACACAAAGGAUUUGCAAAAAGAGAUUAAUGGCCUGACUGGAAAACUGGACCGAACAUUUGCUGUCACUGAUGAGCUGGUGUUUAAGGAUGCCAAGAGAGAUGAAUCUGUCCGCAAAUCCUACAAGUACUUGGCUGCUUUACAUGAGAACUGCACUCAGCUGAUUCAAACCAUUGAGGACACUGGAACCAUCAUGAGAGAAAUCCGAGAUCUUGAGGAGCAGAUUGAGGCUGAGAAUGGAAAUAGGACAGUUAGUAAUCUGGAGAAGAUCCUGGAAGACUUUAAUGCUAUUCGUCAAGAGAACUCUGCCCUCGCUGCAAAGGUCCGUGAAGGCUGAUUAGUUGCUCCGUCCAUGUUUGAUGGUACUGCAGUGACAACCAGGCCUGCUGAAAUGAGUGCAGCUCUGAAAGCCGUCAGUCUUGUUCUCGUCUGCAUCAGCCCUUCAUCAGUUCAUCUAUAAUAAUCCUCAUCACAUCAGUAACUUUCAGCUUUUACUGAGGGUUUGAAGAAUUGUUAGUUAAAAACUAAUUCUAAACAUUGUGAUGAGAUUAAUUUUUAAAACAACAGCUUUGAGAAGAACCUGUACCAAUGCAUCAUCUUGUUUAGAUAUCAUCUUUAAAAUACGGUGAUAACCAUAUUAUUUACAUGAAAGUGUCAAUUUAGAUUGACCUCUGAUUGAUAUUAAUUAUUAGGGUUCAGUUGCUCAUGAAAAUGACAAAAGAUUCUGAGGGUUUGAUUGAGUUUGGAGACUAGAGGGCUGAUAACAAGUGAUAAGUUCAAUUGUGUGCUUCAACAGUCAAAGCAGCUUGCUUGUUUCAUAUUAAAGCAUACAUUUGACAAUGCAUCUGUUUGUUUUGCCCUGAUGGAUUCAUAAAACUGUUGCAAUCACAGCAUUGAACGUUAUAUUGUCGUUAUGCCUGUGAUUAGAAAAGUACUUUGCCAGUCUCGCUGUAGGAACAUUUCUGUUAACAAUUCAGUUGACUAACACUGA